CUAUGCCAAAACGGACUUGUUGGUUCGCUAGUGCUAUAACUGCCUGAGUCUACUGUUAUUUUCUGUUAUCUCGAGUUGAUUUAUUUUUACAUUAGUAGCUCCACUAUGCUUUGCUUGCAUCUUCCAAGGAAAACAUAUCGCCUGACUCACCGUAAAUACGUUAAACUUGCUGCGGCUGUAUCUGCUUGGUUAAAUUACGUCGCAGCAAUCUACGGGGUGACCUUGACUCGAACAGCUGAAAGUUGUCUACGCUUGCGGUUUGGACUUGCAAGGAUGGUCUUCUUUCCACUUUUCCCGACGGCGUAUACAAAAUCAAAGCAGUGACUGGUACAAUUGACAUUUCCAACGCAACGAAGAGCAUCAGACCGAUAAGCUACGGGAGGGAAAGAAAAAUUUCCAUAAUUCCAACGAUAUCUCUCUCGCGAUGGUCCAGUGAUAUGCGAGCUGCUGCUGUGUGUUCGGCCGUGCGGCUUAUUGGAACAGGAGCGGAUGUCGAGCUUUAACGAGCUCGGGCGGACAAACAUUGCGGGAUACUGAUACUCGGAAAGUAUAUAGUGUGUGCUGAGCACGAUGAGGACGAGAGGUUGAGUUGAGGUGCUGGGAUAGAGUACACGGGUGCGGAAGUGGGCAGCACGCAAGCUCCGACUGCGCAAGGAGGUAGCGAGCAGAAGAAGCAGCAGCAGCAGCAGCGAUGAUCGGCCGGCGCCGUGCGAAGCGGGAAAAUCAAAUCGGACGUGACUCUGUAUAAGCCAGUGUCGAGUGUGCGUAAGAAAGCCGAGCGAGAGUGCGCGAUAGAGCCGCCGCGAACAAUUUGACGCACAAGCGAGGGGAAUCAGUGUGUUGAGUGCGAUAAGAGAGAGAGAGAGAGAGAGAGAGUAGAUAGACUUUCUUACGCGCAGGUACACGUACAUAAUAAAAAGCACACAGAAGAGAAGAGGAAGCUUCGUUAUUCUGGCCAUUGUUGAUCGAAGCGAGGAAGAAGAAGAAGAAGAAGAAGAAGAAGAAGCAGCAGCCGAAAAGCGCGGCUCGAGGCAUGCGAAUAGGACAUGCCGUGUGACUCGAGAGCGAGGAGGAGCCUCCUUGUUGUCCGCUGCUGCUGCUCUUGCUCUCGCUGUCGUCCCCGCGAUCAUCACAGCGAAACAUGAGCUCGAUCGACUUCGACGAGGUGCUGCUGCACGUCGGCGAGAAGGGCAGGUACCAGAACAUCAUGUACUACCUGCUCUGCAUACCGGCGACACUGCCCGCUGCGUUCCUCGCCUUCUCGCAGGUCUUCGUGAGCGCGUCGCCGGAGCACUGGUGCCGGAUACCCGAGCUGGACAACAUAACCGGUGUGCUGAUGAGCCUGGAAGAUCGAAAAGCCCUCUCUCUGCCCUAUCGCAACAAGUCCGACGGCAAGCGCGAGUACUCCAAGUGCCUGAUGUACGACACCAACUACACGGCGCUGCUGGAAUCCUGGCUGAGCUCGGGUGGGCCGUACUACUACGACAACGCUACCAGCACGACGAGUCGACCUGGCGACGUAGCCGAUACCGGCGGCUUUAACGAUCUGCGCCAGGACGGCAGUGCCGGAGCUUUCAACGACGAGUCCUACGGCUCGACCGUCAAUCCUACCUCGCUGCUGAGAUUCCCGAGGAGACUGCCACCGCCUCCGGUCAGCGAUCCCAACUGGCCGAUCGUUCAGUGCAAGCACGGAUGGAACUACGACACUCGGGACUACGACAGCACCCUUGUAACCGAGCUAGAUCUCGUAUGCGACAACAGCUGGUGGCCCUCGACGUCGACGACCUUCUUCUUCGUCGGCAGUCUCUUCGGCAACGUGGUGUUCGGUUGGAUAGCCGACAAGUGGGGUAGGAGGACGGCUUUCCUCACCAUCAUCUUUCCCGAGGUCAUAUUCUCCAUCGCGACGAGCUUCAGCCCGAACUACGUCGUCUACACUGCGCUGAGGACCAUCAACGGUCUGUUCUUUCCUGCCAUUUACCAGAUACCUUUCAUUCUCGCCCUGGAACUGAUGGGUCCGAGGUACAGGACGUUCGCCGGUAUGGUGAUCAGCAUCUUCUUCGCCACAGCCAUGUCGUUACUGGCACUUCUAAGUUACCUGAUGAGGAACUGGUACUCGCUCUCGCUCGUCAUUUCCGUGCCGUUCGUCGCGCUGUUUAGUUAUUACUGGAUCAUCCCGGAAUCGCCCAGAUGGCUACUUAGUAAAAACAGGAUAGACGAGGCGGAAGUAAUCGUCCAGGCGAUGGCGAAGUCCAACGGGAAGGCGGUGCCUCCGAAUUUUCUGAGGACGAUGGAGCUGGAGAUAAUGCGGAGGCAGGGCGUCUCGUGCAACGACCAGAAUUCCGGGGAAAUAACGAGCGCCGAUCUCGCGACGGAAAACAGGGUGCAACCGAUCUCGGCCACGCCGAUGGACCUACUGACGAAUCCGAACAUUCGCAAGAAGUUCUUCAUACUGGCGUUCGACUGGGUCGCCAAUGCCGUCGUCUACAACGGCCUGUCUUACAACACGACGAAUCUCGGGGUUUCCGAUUACCUCGCAUUUUUUAUCGGAGGAGUAGUCGAAAUUCCAUCGUAUAUCGUCACGUGGUACGCCAUGGACAGACUGGGAAGGCGAUGGGUCUUGUGCAUAACGAUGCUGCUCGGCGGAGUUGCCUGCGUCUCCUGCAUGUUCGUCCCUGAAGACAACGUGUGGCUAACGGUGUGCUUGGCGAUGGUGGGCAAGUUUGGCAUAGCAGCCUCGUUCGCGGUGUUCUACGUGUUCGUGGGCGAGCUGCUGCCGACGGUGCUGCGCUCCCAGGCGAUGGGCAUCGCCUCCUUCAUCGCCGGUAUAGGCUUGCUCACCUUUCCCUACAUCGUCCACCUGGCCGUCUACUGGAGGGUGCUACCGCUCAUCGUCAUGGGCUCGCUGAGUGUCGCUGGGGCCGUCACGUCGAUAUUCCUGCCGGAAACGCUGAAUAUUCACCUGCCUCAGACGAUAGAGGAGGGCGAGCUCUUCGGGGCAGAUUUCAAGCUCUGGUCCUGCCCUACUUCGCUCACCAAGUCCAAAAAGCGCAAAGGCUCGGAGCGUAUACCUCUGAAGCACCUCGUGAACGGCGGUCCGGAUAGGCGCACCUCGGCCUCGCCGUCCGUCGACCCAGCCGACCCCUCUGUCUCGGCCAUACCCACAGCAGCAACAGCCGCCAGCAGCAAUAAUAGCAGCAGAACGUCUCUGGAAAGACAGUGUUGCCUUUCGCGCAGUUCCAGCGGCGACGAGGAGAACUUAACGCGGCCGGUGGUUCCGAAGGUCGAGCGCCGGCGAGCCGUCGUCCUCGAGGGGCCUGAGAGAGUCACACUUGUCACUGUACACACUGAUAAGUGAUGAGAAAGGUUACAUAGUACUGAGUGGAACAAGGUGUGAUGCUGCAGGGGAUCUUCUUUUUUUAUAUACGAAUUAUGAGGUUUGGUUCGCUCGUCGAGUCGAUAUCUCUCUGUAUGUGGACUGUUUUCUGUAAAAAUAGAGAUGUGUUCGCUAUGCGACAUGUAGUUAGAGUUCUCGUUAAUGUACAGAUGUUUCAGUCAAGUAGUACUGGUCUAUGUAGAGGAAACGGCGUUUGAACGAUGUGACGUAAAAUAACAAUAAUUUUGAUGUUUUGAUGUGCACACUGCAUACAGUGUACGACGACCUUAUUUGGAAGUACAUCCUUAAUCACUAAGUCGACAGGUGUACUAAAAAAGUCAAUAACGAUAUGAAGUACUGUAUUAAAUAUGCCAUGUUAAAAUUUGUAUAUGGAUUGUUCGGAUUUAAAAUGUUCGCGAAGUAUAUUUUCAAACGCUGAAAUGAAUUUAAAAAUGUCAUACCACUUUGAGGUGUUAAACGUAUUUCGGAUAAUUUGUUCAAGCCGACGGAACAAUAUAUAACACGAUUACUAUUACGAAGGAGAACAGAUCUAUAUGUAAAUGUAGAUUGAUUCUUGUCAUAUAUUUUAGAACUUUUGUUAUUUUUUGUAAUUUAUCGUCAUCGAGAAAUACGUAUUCAUAUUCAUCGACCUACAGCUCUCGUAACGCAUUAACGGACUCCUUUGUAUUAUAAUAUCAGUAUGAAAUCUGCGCGCGAUUUGUAUUUAUUUUAUAUUUAAUAGGCUACAAUUUAUUAUUUCCAUUUGUCGUGUAAGACCUUGCUUGCCUGCCUGCCAAAGUGUAAGUUAUUUAAGUAUAUACCAUUACUAUACAUAGACAUGACGUGCUCAAAAAAUAUUUUUGUAUAGCUGUAAUGAUUAUCCCUGUUUUUUAUUUACACUCAAAUUUUAAGCAGCGAUUUAACGACGAUAUUUUCGAAUAAUAUUUAGGCAAUGUAUUUCGCAAUAUUAUAUAUUCUGUAAAAAGUAUAACGUUAUGAAUCAUGUAAAAAAAAAAUAUAUAAAAAGCGAUUAUAUCAACUGUAAGAUUUAUGUAUUAACAAUAUUAAGAUUCCUUUAAGAAAAAGUUGCUAGAUAUGUAUCAUUUAUAUAACGAAUUAUAAUGCAGAUAAAUAUUUUGAACAAUAGCCAAUAUCAUAGCAAAUUAAUUGAUUGUAAAUAGGAGACGUAAACUUUUUUUUAUAAUAACCUCAUUCAGAAAUAAAUGACUCUUAUAUUUUGAAGUAAACACGUUCAAUUAAAAUGAAAGUGCUUAAAAAA